UGCAACAUGCAGUGAAAUUCAUCUGCAACUGACAGCAACCGGCCUAACCUCACUCGUACUUAGUACUCAGUAGACACGGUAGACUUGUAGGCAUACAGUCGAUGUUUGUUUUUGUUUACGUGACUGACGCUGGGAGUCAGUUACAUUACAGAGGUGUUUGAUUAAUGUGUUGUUUUUCAACGAGUAGCUAGCCGUCUUUCGUUUUAGUCUUAUAGACACAUUUCCACAGGUUUGAAAUGGUAUUAUACGGGUUUUCAAAUAGCUGCGUGACAGCACUGCAAGUGACUACAUCUACGUUACAAAAGGUGAAUUCUACAGUGAUAAAGGUGUCUGCUGCUGUGGUGGCGGGGACUGCUGCGGUAUGGCUGGUAUACAGACGACCCAGAUGCGUAAUAUCCCCUCAGUCACGCCUGGUCGCUAUAACAGGUUGUGAUUCUGGGGUCGGUUACUCUGCUGCAAUACACUGCCAUCAGCAGGGCUUCUGGGUGCUGGCCAUGGUACUCAGUGUAGACAGUAAAGGGGCUCAGGUUCUCACGGCCAUUGGCAAGGAUUCUGGUCGAUUGGAAGUGUUGGCUGUGGAUGUGACAAAGCCAGAGCAAGUUGCAGCUGCAGUCCAGCAAGUUACAUCAUGGCUGGACAAAGACCCACCCCUGGUGUUCCAUGCCUUGAUGAAUAAUGCUGGAGUGAUGGUAUUUGGUGAAACAGAAUGGCAGACUGAACAUAUAAUCUCACAACAACUGGAUGUCAACCUCGCAGGAUCCAUUAGGGUGGCACGACUAUUUGCUCCUGUGUUGUUGCAGUUGUUCCAUGCCUUGAUGAAUAAUGCUGGAGUGAUGGUAUUUGGUGAAACAGAAUGGCAGACUGAACUGUUCCAUGCCUUGAUGAAUAAUGCUGGAGUGAUGGUAUUUGGUGAAACAGAAUGGCAGACUGAACUGUUCCAUGCCUUGAUGAAUAAUGCUGGAGUGAUGGUAUUUGGUGAAACAGAAUGGCAGACUGAACUGUUCCAUGCCUUGAUGAAUAAUGCUGGAGUGAUGGUAUUUGGUGAAACAGAAUGGCAGACUGAACGUAUAAUCUCACAACAACUGGAUGUCAACCUCGCAGGAUCCAUUAGGGGUGGCAUAACUAUUUGCUCCUGUGUUGUUGCAGUGUUCCAUGCCUUGAUGAAUAAUGCUGGAGUGAUGGUAUUUGGUGAAACAGAAUGGCAGACUGAACGUAUAAUCUCACAACAACUGGAUGUCAAUCUCGCAGGAUCCAUUAGGGUGGCACGACUAUUUGCUCCUGUGUUGCGCAAAUAUAAAGGGCGUUUAAUCAAUGUGACAAGCCACUGUGCCACUCUGCCGCUGCCAGGGCUCGCUGUAUAUGCUGCUAGCAAGGCAGGACUGCAAGCCUGGUCAGAUGCCCUGAGAGUCGAGUGGGCCAAGUAUGGGAUCACUGUCAUAUCCUUCAUACCUGGAGCACUCUUCCAACAGACUCAGAUUCUAGCUUCACAAGUUCAGUACGCUGGAGAGAUGAAGACUGCUAUGACGGCGGAGGCUGCUGGGUUCUAUGGCCAGUACUACCACUUGUACCAGAUGUACCUGAGUGGGCUGGGUGGUGGUGAUCCUGCUGCUGUAGUGCAAAGCGAUGCACUGUACCGUUCACUCGACUCUGCCCUACUGGAUUCCAAGCCUUACACACACUACCAUGAUACACCCUGGCGCUACCGGUUCUAUCAUACUUUAGCGCACCUCACUAGUGUUCCCAUCAGGGACUUCCUCGUGCUACGGUUCACCGGCAUGCCUCCCUUCAUCCCUUAACCCAGCCAGGGUCAUACACCAGACAGAAUAUCUGUGAUCAGUGUAAUUUGAAAUAUAGCAGAUGAAUUAGGGGUCUCCACCUGGCAAGACUGAUUUUCAAGUACUACAGUGUGUAAAAGCCACACAAUUGCUACAUCUACAUUUAUAUUAAAUGUUGAAUAAAAGCAAAGUAUAGUUACGUUAAAUUUAUAUUUUUAUUAUGUCAUUUGUAUUGUAAAUAAAUGGCAUUUUAUUAAAAACAAAA